UCCCAACAAUCUGAAACUUUCACAGACACAAAUGGAUGUUAUGCAAGGCGAUCCGUUUGCUUUGUUGAUUAGUGGGUCAGCUUCACUGUCGCAUCACAGUCAACAAAAAGAUGGAAGGAUAACUUUAGCUAAAGAUUGCUGCGAGGAUACAGUUUCUCUAUAAAGGGAAAAAGGAGAACUCUGCUUUCAUCAGUUUGAGGCGCUCCGAACGUUCUGCCGUCUUAAUUUUAAGGUGAAAAUGACCAACAUGAAGAACCUACAGUGCAUGUCCGGAGUUCUGUUUCUUAUGCUACUUUCAUCGGGUUCAUACGUCUUUGCAGGAAGAAUCAUUGGAGGUCAGGAGGUCCAGCCAUACUCCAUCAAGUACCAGGUCUCCCUGCAGACUGAGAACAGGAACCACUACUGUGGAGGAACCCUGGUGGAUGAGCAGUGGGUGGUCUCUGCUGCCCACUGCUGGAGACCGAGCCACCUGAUGAUCGUGGUGCUGAGCGAGCACAACCUCAUCGUCAACGAAGGCUUUGAGCAGGUCUUCAGCGUCUCGAAGAUAUACCUCCAAAACUACAACUACAAAACGUACAACAACGACAUCAUGCUGAUCAAGCUAGCUCAGCCGGCAAUACUGAAUGCUAACGUCCAGCCAGUUAAGCUACCAGAGGAGAACGCCCCGCCCAUUAACGGGGCUGUGUGCACUGUGAGCGGCUGGGGAGUCACACAGGUUUACAGCUACAGCCUCUCACCUGUACUGCGGGCUGUGGACGUGAGAGAAAUGUCUUACUGCAACUGGUACUACUGGGGGAGGAUCACUGAAAACAUGCUGUGUGCUGGAUCUCCCUAUGGUGGAAAAGAUUCUUGUCAGGGCGACUCUGGAGGUCCGCUUGUCUGCAAUGAUUACUUAGAGGGCAUUGUGUCCUGGGGCAUCAGCUGCGCAAACCCAUACUACCCCGGCGUCUACACCAAAGUGAGGCAGUACGUCAAAUGGAUCAACUGGAUUAUUGAAAAUGACUCUGCAUGAGGUGUCACUGAAAAGCUUGUUCAUAGUUCUCAAUGUUUCUUCCCUUGUUUGGUGUACUUGUAACCUGUUGAUCAAAGUUAUGUCAAAAAGUGAUUUGGGGUCAGUUUUUUAUUUCUGUAUUGUCCCUCAUUCAUACAUGACAACAAGAAGAAGUAGAUGUAGUGGUCAAAUAAAGUGACUGAAACUUUCACAUAACUAAUUUAACAAAUCACACAUCUGUUAUCAUCUGACACACUAAAGCACUUGAUUUUGCUGCUUUGUUAUGCACAGAAAAACAUUGGGACAAAAAAAAAGACAAUUGAAAAAUUCUAGUGCUGUUAUACCUAAAAUAAA